AUGUUGACCAUGCGAAGAACACUUGUUGCCCCGCUUUGGCGCUCAGCAUUGAGCAGAAGAGGCAAUGCGACAGCAGCAACCCCAAGAUUGCCUUUAUCGGGAAUCAGAGUCUUGGACAUAUCUCGAGUCCUCGCUGGUCCAUAUUGCGCUCAAAUUCUUGGUGAUCUAGGAGCCGAAGUCAUCAAGAUCGAACAUCCAACAAGAGGCGAUGAUACGAGAGCAUGGGGACCUCCAUUUGCACCUUAUAAAGAUGGACGAGGCGGCGAGGGCGAAAGUGCGUAUUAUUUAUCGGUGAACCGAAACAAGAGAUCUGUAGCAGUCUCAUUCAAGGAAAAAGAAGGGGCAAAAUUGAUCCAAACGCUCGCCGCCAAAGCCGAUGUCAUCGUCGAGAACUACCUGCCCGGAACUCUAAAGAAAUACGGACUCGACUAUAACACCCUUGCCAAGACCAACCCCCGACUUAUCUACGCGAGCAUAACUGGAUAUGGUCAAACAGGUCCAUAUAGCAGUCGUGCAGGUUUUGAUGUCAUGGUCGAAGCUGAAAUGGGUCUGAUGCACAUCACGGGUCCACGCGAUGGACCACCAGUCAAAGUCGGCGUUGCGGUGACUGACCUAACUACUGGGUUAUAUGCGGUCAAUAGCAUUCUUGCAGCUGUUAUCGAGAGGAGUCACUCUGGGCAAGGACAGGCGUUGGAUGUGUGCCUGAGCGAUUGUCAAGUUGCGACCCUAGCGAACAUGGCACAAUCUGUGUUGGUAACGGGGAAGAGAGAUGGUGGACGAUACGGAACAUCACAUCCAUCCGUCGUACCAUACCGCGCAUUCCGCACCAAAGACGGCGACAUCUUGAUCGGCGGGGCCAAUGACCGACUUUUCGGCGUUUUGUGCAAAUGUCUUGGUCAAGACGAUUGGGCAACGGACGAACGCUUCUCUACAAACUCUGCGCGAGUAGCGAAUAGGGAUGUACUCGAGCGUAUGAUCGAAGAUAUCACGAGUUCUAAGCUAUUGAAAGAAUGGCUCGAUAUCUUUGAGGGUACGGGUCUCGCGUAUGCAAAGAUCAAUGAUAUCAAGGACACACUGGAGCACUCACACGUGGUGGCGAGGGAUAUGAUAAAAGAGAUUGAACAUCCUGCAUGUGGCCAGCUGAAGGUGCUUAACAGCCCUGUCAAGUACUCCAGAACCCAACCUUCGAUCAGGACGCCGCCACCUUUACUGGGUGAGCAUACAAAUGAGGUAUUGAGAGACGUACUGGGGUUGGACACAGCUGAGAUCGAAAGGCUAAGAGACAAGAAGGCCGUCGGUGGAUAA